AUGAAAAUCUUUUGGAUGUCUGUGUUUGCCCUAUGUGCCCUUGCAUCAGGCUGUGAAUCCCCCUAUGACUGUUCUGCUAUUCAAAUUGGAAAUAAGCAAUAUAAUUUGAGUCCCUUGAGUGGUAACUACGAGACUAUUGGGUUCGUUGACAAGCGUAAAAACUUGACCACAUCUUAUGCAAUCAAUAUCUGCAGUGAUUUGAACGCCGCCGUCUCCAGGACGUUCCCCACCCCCCUAAGCGCGGACCAUCAAUACAACGGUCAACGUGUCGGGUUCUCAGUGUCGGAUAUUGGCACACUUUUCGACGGCCGCUAUUCAGACUCAGUACUACCAAAGGCUGAGCAACUAGAAAGACACGAAGGGUUUACCCUAAAAUCUACUUUCAAUGUGCUGGGGUCAGAAAUUGAAUUAAGCAUGGCAGUUAUUGACUUCAUAUGUGACCCGACUCGGUCCGGUCUCGAGUUUCUCAAGGGCUAUCACCUCAUAGGAGAAGCCGAUGACCACGAAAAUCGGAACAGCAUGCAAAAUGGGGAGCCUAGUCUGCGGUUUUUAAGUUGGACUAGGUACAGAGAAGGUAACAGCCUCUUACACCUGGAGUGGAAAACUCGUCAAGCUUGUGACAGUCAUGCGCCCAUCCUCAGCGAAAGCCGAAGCCUGAAGGACUUUUUCAACGACAGCAUCUGGCGGCCAUCGAAACAAAUGAAGAUCGGACUUUAA